AUGGAAGAAGCUUAUGCUGGAUCUUGUGUUCAGAGUCUCUUUGAACCAAAAGUAGAUUUUUCUAUUUGUACAAAUAAAUCUAUUAAAUUGUUUUUAAAAGAUUUAAAUAGUUUGAAUUGCUCUAAAAAUGCAAUAGAUAACUCUAAUGAAAACAAAUUAAAUGAUAUUAAUAAAAGUGAAUUAAAUAACAAUCAUAAUAAAAAUGAUAAUAAAAAUGAAAAAGACGUAGAAAAUAAUAGCUUAUCAAAAGAUGAAGAUAAAAACUUAUUAAAUUUUGAAAAUAAAGAUUCACUGAAUAGCAAUAAUGAAAAAGGAACAAAUAAUGAUAAUUAUAAAUAUGCAACAGAAGAAAAUAUCAAAAAAAUGUUAGAUGAAAAUUUAUCUCUUUUAAAUGGUUAUUCUUACUUUAACAGAAUAGGACAUAAUAUAAAUUUAUUACACACAGAAUUAUCAUCAGUAAAAAAAGACUUUCUUUUUUUAAGUAAACAAACAAGACUUAAAGUAAAAAAAUUAAAAAAUAUUAAAAAAAAAAAUAUAAUAUAUAAAGGUUUGCUUGAAGAGGUAAAAGAAGAAAGAAAAAGAAAAGAAAUGUAUGAAAAAUUAAGUAUAGAAAUUCAAAAGUUGGAUGAUGUAAGAAAAAUUCAAAAAAAACAAAAGGCAGAAAAAUGUUCAAUUGAAAAUUUUGAAAAAAAAAUUAAAAAUAUAGAAAACACAAUUAUUUCUAAUAAUAAUAAUGUUCUUAAAACUAUUGAACAAAUUAAUGAAAUUAUAUCAACAAAUUUACAAACAGACAUUAAAUAA